AUGGCGGACGACAUGGAGGAUGCGGAGCUGACGAUUGACGGUAAAGUUAUCGACAAUUUACGAGUCGUUGACUUAAAGCAGGAGCUGAAAAAGAAGGGUUUGUCUAUAGGUGGGACUAAGAGUGUCCUGGUUGAAAGAUUGCGAGCGCAAAUGUACCUUGAGCAAUUGCAGCAAGAAUCAGUUGGAGAUGGCAACAAACAGAUGAUGGAUGAAUCAGUUGCUUCCAACUCAUUCAUCAAGCAAUAUCUACAACAGCAGCAAGAGCUGCUCAGUCAACGACAGCCCGAAAAAGAACAUGAAGAAGAAGAACCAGAACACUGUGCGGAAGUACCAGCUGCGCUGGCUGAUCAGGUCGAGGAGCUUCACCAGUCCCUCUCCAGGAGUCAAUCUCAAGAAGACGACAAAAAGAAGCCCGAAGAGAAAAGCGCAGACACCACCGCCGCUGAAGAGAAGGACGAGUCUGUCACGUCGACAGAGCCCGCCAAAAAAAUUCCAGACUCAAGUUCAGCGGUGACGGAGCAGAAGGCGGAGGUUGAAGGCAAAGAGGCAGCUGCUGAGACGAAAGUAGAGGAACCUAAAGUCGACGGAGAAGCUGGAGAGAAGCAGACUAAGCCAGUGGCUGAAGUAAUCGGUCAGAGUGUGGAUGAUGUACAGAAAGCGCCAUCAAAGGAGACACCGGUUCAAGAAGAAUCGAAAGAGAAAGCAGAAGGAACGGAUCAAGAAGUCGCUCAAGAGAAGAAGACACAGGAGAAGGCGUCAGAAGAAGUCGCGGAAAAGGUUGAAUCCAGUGAUGCGGCACCUAAAGUCACUUCAGAGUCUGUCCCAGACAGCCAACAAGUAGAGCAGGUAACGUCUCCAAAGGAAGAGAAGAUGGAAGUCAAAGAUGACUCUGAGGAGACGGAGAAGCCAAAAGCGAAGAAGCCAGAAGCAUCUCCAGAGGCAGAGGACAAGCAGGUAUCCAAGAGGGAGCUGGAAAUGAGCCAAGAACAAGUGCCAACCAAGAAACCCCGCCGCUGGUCGAGAAAGACAGAGGAGGACACGGCGGAGAAGGCUGAGGGUAAAGGUCAUAGGUCAAGUAUCAGGAGACGAUCGGGGACUCGAUUGUCAGAUCCACAAGAACAGGAAGAGAAAGAUGCACCCAAAGAGAAAACAGAUGAGAAACCCGAGCCGUCUAACACUCAGGAACCUGUCAAGGACUCCACUGUAGUAGAAAAACCUAAACCUGAUGCUGAGAAAGAAUCUGAGGAUAAGGAGAAUGAUGAGCAACCAGACGCAAAGAAAACUGCACCAACAGAGGAUACUAAGGAUACAGAACAACCCAUGGAAACGGCAGCAGUCAGUAAAGAGGAAGAACGACGUGAUGAUGGAGAGCCACGGGAUGACGGAGAGCCGCCACGUGAUGAGAGUUACUACACAGCUGAAGAUACAUCCAUGGAUCAAGGAACCACAGAUCCUCCUAAGAGUGCGGAAAGCGAAGUCAAAGAUGAAACUGACGAUGCUAAGGAGGAGCAAGUUCCCAUGGAAACUGAUGCUCCAGUCCCCAAGGUAGUAGAGGAGGAGGUAAAAGAAGAAACGAAGAAAGACGGAGACGAUGAAGGUUCGGAUACCGUAGAUAAAACGGUAGAUGUUGGUAGCAAGAUUGAGAAGGAACAAUCUGACGAGACUGAAAAGCCUUCCGUAGUGACGCCUGCUGCAGUGAAAACUAAACGCUUUGGCCUCGGUUCUUCAAAAGAGAAAGACGAAAACUCAACGGAUAAGACGAGUCCGGGUGGUGCCGCUGCUCCGACCUCGAGGAAGCGACGAUGGGGGAGCACUAAGAAUGUCACUCAAGUCAAGAAACUCAGCGUCAACAUCAGCACUGAUAUACUCAAGGAAAUGAUGCCAGAGAUGAAGCAAACCUCCAUUGACGCAGUUGUCAUGGAAACGGACGAGAAGAGUCCAUCUUCUUCAGAGACUUCCGAUGAGGAAGAUGCCACGCCCAGAGAGCCGACGAUCACGCGCACCAUCACGCAGACUAUCAAGAAGACGCAGGCAGGGAGUGACGCUGACUCGGACAGGGAGGAAGGGAAAGAAAAUGGGCAGGAAAAAGAGGAAGAAGGAAAGGUGACCUCUAGUAAUGAGGACAACCAAGAUGGAACUAAAUCUAGCGAUGACAGUGACAGCAGUGACAAUGACAGUGACAGUGACUCUGGCGACGACAAGGCCUCAAAUGAUGACAACAAUGAUGAGGAGAAGACGGAAGAAGACGAGGAGGCCUUGGUGAAACGUCGAGAGAUGAGAGCCAAGGAGAAGGCAGCGAGGCAGGAACAGAAGGCCGCCAAGCUUAAGGCUAAGGAAGAGAGGGCCAAAGAGUCCCUUUUGGCCAAGAGGACGAAGCUUCGUGAGGUCGUGCGAACCUCCAUCGACGAUCCGGUACGCGUUGUGGGCAGACCGAGCAAGCCAAGCCCCUCCCGUCGGCCGGAGAGUCCGAUCGUUCAUGUCAUGAACCUGGUAAGACCCUACACCCUAAAUCAGCUGAAGGAGCUGCUCGGGCGCUCCGGUAAGCUGGAGGCUGAGGAUGGCUUCUGGAUUGAUAACAUCAAGUCACAUUGUUAUGCAGUGUUUUCAUCACCUGAAGAAGCGGUAGCCUGUAGGGAGGAUCUUCAUGGGACUAAAUGGCCCUCUAGCAACCCCAAAACCCUCCGUGUUGACUUUGCCACUCAAGAUGAGAUGGACAGACACACGGGUAAGAGCAUCCCUAAACCGGAGCCCAAACCAGAGCCCGCCGCGGUGGAUCGGGCCAAGAGGGAACGCCGUGUAUCGGAGCGAGAGCGGGAACAAGAUAAAGAGAGUGGUCGAGACCAGAGAGGGGGUCAACCGCCCGUAAGAGAGUGGGAUCGAGACAGAGAGAGAAGUCUGUCGAGAGAACGACGACGCCGUGAACGAGAGAAGAGACAUGCUGAGCAAAAAGUAGCUAAAGAAGAAGUUGAAGAGCCUCCCGCUAAGCUCCUUGAUGACCUGUUCAAGAAGACCAAAGCAACACCCUGCAUCUACUGGCUACCACUGACUGAAGAACAGGUUGAAGUAAAAACCAAAGAAUACGAUCAACGUGAAAAGGAUCGAGAGGAACGUCGACGGAAAUUAGAGGAGGAGGACAAGCAGAGAGAGAAGGAAAAAGCCAGAGCGCAAGUGCGAGGCGGACGGCGUCGUAGCCGCUCCCGAAGCAGGAGUCGAGGACGAAGACGUUAGGUGUGGUCUUCCCCAAAGCACACCCUGUGUAAGUAAGUAUGUACUAAGUGGUCUAGAAGUCACUUCUCUCACUUUCGUUUUUUGGAUUGUCCAUGUCUCGUGAACCUAAUUUUUAAUUGCCGCAUCAUUCAAUAUUUUAGGUAUCAUGAAACUUCUUUAGACCUUUAUAAGUUAACCUUUUUUCUUUCUUUUUUCUUAACUCCUGGCAUUUAUUUUGUUUGAGUGUGGGGUUUUGUGUAUUUUGUUUUGUGUUUUCAUCCCAUAUUUGUUCUCUUCAUGAGUAGAAAAAUAGAAAAAUCAAUAAAAAAUUCAAUACCCCCAAAAUAUUCAUCUUAUUGACUGUUUAUUUUCUCUCUUAGUCUUUAAAACCAUGCAUCACAAUUUGACACAAAGGGUAAACUCCAUCAUUGUUAGAUUCAAAAACAAUCGAGAUUCAGCCAUCUUUCUUUGCUAUUGCCUGUAGAUGAAAGCAGAAUCCCUCAAUCCUGUGUGAUUUGUAUUUUCUAUCAUGUUUCCCUCAUGCAUGUAAUUACCCCCCCCCGACUCCUUUUUGUAGUGCUACUGCUGUUCUUUAUCCUCUCUUCUUUGCACUACCCUCUAAGUGUCCUUUUUUUUUUGGCAAUCAAAAAGUUGCAUGUCUGUAGCAGAGUGUCAGCCUUGGAAAAGGUAAAUAACUCUGCUUGAGUCAAAUGACGGGCUGUCAUCAAUUUGUGAAAAAAGUACAGUUGGAUUGUGAUGGAUUUUAUGCUUUGUGUGCUUUUUAUGACUUACCUCUGUUGGCCUGGACUUUCAUCCCUGCAGCUGGGAAGGUAAAUUUACAUUUUACAGAAGUGCAUUUCUGGGGGAAAAAAUCAAAGUAAAUACAAACUUUGUGAAGUGGGUACUAUUAAGGUCGGUCUCUGUGAUACAGAGCUCAUGUCCUCUAAAGACUGCCUUGAAAAUCUUGACCCUUUUUUUUUGCUCCUCGUGUCUGCUUGUUUUCUUUCUAGUCAGUGACUUUUAGACCACAUAGUUCGGACGAGUGAACCAUUUUUUUUUUUAGCUGUCAUGGUUUGUAUAGAAAUGUUUUUUGGGGGGUAAUGGUAAAAAUUUUAAAAUAAAAUGAGGUAAUUGCUUUCAGAUCUUGUUUUCCAAAAUAUUUUUGUCUAUUUAGUAGAUUUAACUUUCUGUCCCAUUUUAAUAGAUUUUGUUUGCAACUAGGAAAAAUAUAUUAUUUGUGUUAACCCAUAUACCCGUGUGUGUUAAGUACUGUAUACUCGGUACUUUCCCCGAGUCAGGUGAUAAAACUGACCAGUAAGACAUCUUCUCUUGAAUGCUGGAGGCCGUGCGUUUAAAUCCUGCCCAAGAAAUAUGCCUGCAGAUUUUUUUUUUUUUACACAGGAUUCGUGGAAUGUCCCGAGUACAUAGUUCAUAAAGGGAAGGUAUACGUUUAAAAUUAAUGGCAAUAAAAACCAACUUGGUAAGAAGUACUGCAGCUUUUGAAAAGUAAACACAUUGUGAGAACCAUUUCACUUCCGAAGUAAUUUGGUUAUGGAAGAAGUUAUCAGUUUUUAUUCCAAAAAAUUGAAUACGAGAAGCAUUUCUGUCAGUAUUCCAGUUGCAGAUUAUUGUUCCUGCACGGAAAUAACCCUUUUCAGGUUUUCAGUGAUAUCUCAUAAAUGCCACCAUCUUUUUGGAAUGAAAUUUUCACAGUUUUUGUUUGUAUACGUCCAAAUUAAUAUAGUAUUAAAACAAUUCAACAGUUCUAAAAAAAACUUAAGAUAUACGCUCCCUUUUACACACAUCAGUGUAUGAGUAAACACAAAUAUUUUUCUGUUAUUUGUUACAAAUGGUUGGGCUGUCAGGUAAGGUGUACGUCCCCCAUGGAAAUCCGCCGUGGUUGUCUUUAGAGAAAAUCAGUUGAUGUCGUAAAAAGGCAGGACGAAGCAUAGAAUUGUGGCAUUUAAUAUGACCUAGAUAUUGAAUGUGCCGUGAUGUUUUUGAUUUAGGGAUAAAUUAUUUGUACUCCAGAAGACUAGGUUGUUGUCAUUUAUACUUACAUAGUUAAAUUUUUCAAUAUUGGCUGUGUGCUUCAUGAAUUUGUGAUUUAGAAAUUUAAUUUAAUCUCAACUUAAUGUUUUGAUAAUCUGAGAGGCAUGGUUAACUAUACUGUCAGUUUUGUUUUCUUCACCUUUUAGGGUCGUCUAGUAUUUGGGGUCUUACAUUGAUUUUUAUGUUUUACAGUAAAUUAUUGUUUUUGAGAAAUACUAAAAUUUUGGUCAGCUGUCGUAUGAAACCUUAGAAACAAUUAUGUAAAUAUCCAUCAAUUGGUGAAUUUUUUAGCUUGAAGAAAUUCAUUUUUAUUUUUUAGAAGCAUAUUGAAAUAAAGAAAAUGAACUAGAGAAUCAAAUGAGUUCCACUUUAAAUUUUUAACUUCUCUUUAUUUCGCAGUUCCCUCAGGUAAAUUUGCAAAACUUUGAACAAUGGGCAAGUUCGAGCAGCGACAACUAACUUGUCAAUUAGUCAAUGUUCCAUUGUAACCUAUGCAUGCAAUACAUCCUGUGUACCAGGCAAUAUCACCCAAUGGUCGACAAUCAACUAU